AAUCAAAUCCGACGACUCAUAGCAUUAGAAAAGAAUCCUAUAACAACUAGGCCUCAAUAUCAAACAAGUUGGUGUUAGGCUAAAUGAAUCUUUACUGGCCAAGUCGCUCCAUUUAAGCUCAUCCCCGUCUGAUAUAUUAUAAAUUCUCAUUCUUUUCUAUACUCGUAAUGCUAUUUUAUAAAAAAACAAGACAGAAAGAAUAGAAGUUGGAAAAAGGAAAAACAAACUUCAACAAUUAAAGGGUGAUAAGACACAGAACUUCUUAAAGAAUUUCAGAGACUCCCCAGGUUUGGUUUCGUAAUACUAAGCUCCUUUUAGUUUACAAUAUUACAUUUUGCUCCCUUGUUUCAAUUUCCUUGUAAUAAUUCUUAACUUGUCCAUAAUAAAUGUAAAAGUAUUGUGCUUGACCAGUUUGCCUUUUUUAAAUAAACCUUCCCUUCAAUUAAUUUUUGAACAUCUUUUUCUUCUUUUCUUAAAUUCGUUUAGAAUAAAUAACGUAAAGGUUAUCUCUGAGUUGCUGCUGCUUCAUUCAACAAUGAAUGGAUACUAUUCACUUGAAUACAACACUGAUGCGAUCCCUUCUAAUGAUACCAUCCACUGUCAUACUCAUUGGUGCAGAACGCAAGUUGCAUCCUUCAACGAAUAUAUUCCAAUGUCUCAAUCAGGAGUAAUAGGGAUCUUUAGUAGGGUGUUUAAUGUUCAUGUACCAGACAACAUGAGUUAUCGUCUUUCAGACAGUGGAAUUAUCGUAGCCAACACUUACUGUCGCCAAUGUGGAAAGAUGAUAGGGUGGAAAUUUAUUACAGUCCAAGAACCGGACAUGUAUGUUAGAGAAGGACAAUUCUGUAUGAGACUGGACAAGCUUACUUUUUCGAAUCAUAUACCGUUGCUUCGUUCAAUUGAGGAACAAAUUUUCCAAGCUAAUGAGGGAAAUGCUGAUCAACAUGGGGACUCUACUGAUCAAGAUGGAGACUCUACUGAUCAAGGUGGAGACAUAGCUGAUCAAGACGCUACUGAUCAAGAUGGAGACAUAGCUGAUCAAGACGCUACUGAUCAAGAUGGAGACCCAGCUGAUCAAGAUUUAGCCACUGAUGAGCAAAAUGCUGAUCAAGAUGGAGACGCUAAUGAACAGGUUCCUAAAGAACAAGAAGUGGGCGCUAAUGAGCAAAAUGUUAAUCAAGAUGGAGGCGCUAAUGAGCAAAAUUCUGAUCAACAUGUACGAGGUAAUCAACAGAAUCAUGAUCAAGACGGAGGUGCUCCAAUGAACUGAAUGAAGAUGUAGAGCAACUAGGUGAUGGACAAACUAAUGAAGACAUUGAUACUCUGCUUAUACAAAAUGCUAUAAUUCAUAUUGUCUGAUAUUCUAUUUUGAGAUUGCACUACAUAUUAUUACUUCAGGUUGGAACAAACCAAUUUGAGACUACCGUUCUGUAUAUCUCUGCCUUAAAACGCCUAAAAGCUAAUACAAAUCAUGUAUGAGUCCUGUUUGGCAUGACUUCAACAAAAGAAUCCUGAAUUCAACAAAAGAAUCCUGAGUUCUUAUAUAUAUAAAAAGAAAACAUAAAGGCAACUAUUGUGGUAUUUUAAACAGAGAAGGACUGGAAAUGGGAGAUGAGUAGAAAAUUGAUCAAAAUCAUGAUGGGCAGCUAUCAUAGAAGUAUCAAAACUAAUAUCCCUCAGAGUCAAAUACAUGACGGAAGUUUUAUGCACAAACGGAUUUCACUCAUUUCUUAUAUUUUUAUUUCUGUGAUAUACCUGAUGUUGUUUAUGGAAGAGAUGUAUAGGGAAAGACAACACAUUCAUGCAGGAUCAAUUGAACUGGAAGAUGGUUUGAUUGUAACCAUUGAGGCCUCAUAAGCAUGACAUACAAUGUCAUGUAGUCAGUCAAGGAAUCAUCAACAUCCACUCGAAUAUCCCAUGAUUUCAAGGAAAAACACAAAACCAAUAGCAACAGGAACAAACAACCUUUGUAAUUUUAGUUUAGCACAAGGAAGGAAAACAAAAUAUUGUAAACUACAAGGAAGGCUAGUUUAUGCAGUCAAACCUUGAGGGAGGUCUUUAAAAUUAUCCUUUUUAAGGGUAGAGGA